AUGGAAACAGAAAACAUAUUAAAUGUUUGUAAAUUUCAUUCUACUGACUGCAAGGGAAGAAUUAGAAUAAUUACUGAAAAAAUAGAUAUUCCAGUAACAAUGAAAGAAAUUGUUUUAGUUGGCAUGAAACUAUGUCAAACUCAUUAUAAUAGAUAUGUCAUUAAUGAAACUCAUAAUCUUGGAUAUAAUAAAUCUUGUUCUCAUCCAAAACAUGAACUAUAUAAAACACAAUCAAAAGGCAAUAAACAAUCAAAAAAACUUAAUCUUGAAAAAGUUCCAAAGAGGUUAAUUGAAGUAUUAGGAUUAGAUGAGUUUGCAGAAAUUUGUAGCAUGUGUAGGAAAAAAACUGAUAAGGAUCCUGAAUAUUUACAAACUGAAGAAUAUAAAGCACCUAUUUCAAAAAAAAAACAAAAUGAUGAUAAAAUUCUACAAGUUGGUAAUUAUUCUUAUAUAUUAAGAAAUGAUGUUUUUUAUAGUGGAGAAGAAUUAAAACAACUUGAAUUGGAUUUUCAAGAAAUUUUAGAGCAUAUGACAAUUCCAAAUGAAGUUAGUUUAAGUGAUAAGAUAAUAAAAAUGUCCAAUAUUCUUUAUCAUAAUCAACAUAAAUUAAAUCAAAAGCCUAUUUAUGAACCAACAACUUUUAAAAUAAUGUUAGAAGCAGCUGAUAAAGAUUUGGUUGGUUUUUUUGAUGAAUUAUAUAUUGGUACUAAUCCCCAUACUAAAUCUGAUAAAACAAAUGAAAAUAACAAGAAAAAAUUAGUUUCUUUAUGUUAUUUUUUGGCCAGUAUUAAUAAUAAAUAUAUUAAUAGUAUUAAAGCUGAUAUUGGAUCAUAUUUACAAACUUCUGGUGCAUCAUCAUCAUCUAUUGAUACAUUAGCAAAUAUAGGAUUUUCAAUAAGAAGAAUGACAGUAGAUCGUCAAAAAAAUCUUAUUUCAAAUGAGCAUCAGCAAACUGUUGAUAUUUACUGCUUGCAAAAUAUAGAAAAAAUAUUUAUUUUAAAUAUUGAUGAUUAUCAUAAUAUUCAUCGUCGUAAUAAGCCAACAUUAUUAGAAACACAUAAUAUAUUUCAUUUUGUUACAAUUUUAUUAAAUUCUAAUUCUAAUAUAGCAGCAAUACCAUAUUGUUCAAAUAAUAUUUUAAUACAUAAUCCUAAAGGGAUUGACUUUAAAUUAAUUAUUAAAAAUUUUGAGGAUUUUUUUAUGAAGCAAAUAGAUUCUUAUGAAAAUAGAGUUGAAAAUCUUAAUGUUCAUGAUUAUGAUAGUCGAAUUCAAAAUAACCAAGAAUUAAGAUCAUUAAAUAAUAGCAAAUUAGUAGAUUUUAUCUUACAUUCAUUGCAUAGUACUAAAGAUUAUAUAGAAUGUUUAGAUAUUUUAUUCAAAGUAUUUGAAAGGUCAGAAAAUGAAUAUAAUUAUUUAGAUAAUUAUGUUAUUCCAGUAGUUGCUGAUUGGCCAGGACAAGUAAAUAUAAGAAGAGCUAUAACAUUAAGAAUUAAUAAAGGAAAUAAAUCUGGUAUUUCAGAACAAAUAUUAAGUUUAAUUCCUAUAAUUGGUCCACUUCAUAUUUCAUUAAAUAGUAGAGAAACUUUGUUUCAAACCUAUCAUUUUUUUUUUGAAAAAUUAUACCAUGAUUUAUUUGGAGAAAAAAAAAUAUUAUCUCAUAAACCAAAACAAACUGUAAUUAAUCUUAUUUUAGAUUUAACAUUUAAUGGUUGGAAAAAGAUUCGAAAUGUUGUUAUGCAUCGUUUUGGAAAUUCUAAAGAUAUGGAAUAUAGAAUGAUGAUUGAUUUAUUAGAUAAUUCUAUACCACUUACUUUAGAUAUAUAUACAAUACUCUUUAGAAGUGGAUAUUUUGAAGGAUAUUUAGAAGGUGUUGUAAGAAUUUGGGUAUUAUUUCAAAGAUUAAGAAGACAUAAUUAUAAUAAAGCAACACUUAUGUUUUUAAGCGAUGUGUUUUAUUGGAAAUUAAAUAAUCAUCCAAUGGCUAAUAUUUUAAAAAAUCAUUUGCCAAUUUUUAAUGAUUAUUUUGUAGAAAAUUUUCAUAGUUCUAUUAGAAGUCAAACUGCUGAAUCAAAUACAGCAUUACAAAUUAUUCAAAAGGCCAAAAUUAUUGAUGUUGAAAAAAAUAGCAACCUUUCUUUUAAAGAAGCUUUUGUUAAUUCAAGAAAUCCAGUUAUUUCUCAAGUUAGAUUAAAUUACUUAGAAAAAAAAGUUUCCUUGUUUUUGAUUUCUAUUUUUGAUGAAAUUUUUCAUAAUUUAGGAAAUACAAAUCAAAUUAAUAAUAAUAAGUAUCCAAGUUUUGCACUUCCAACCUUUAAAAUUAAUGUUGAUAUAAAGGCCCUUCCAUUGGCUUGGAAUACAAAAAGCAAACCUUCUGAUGAUAAGGAUAAAUUUUGUGAUGCAGAAAAAUGUUUGCUAUCUAAUAAUAAUAAUAUAGAUUUACCUAAUAAUAAUGUUAUUUUAAUUUGUGGGCAUGGCUUUCAUAAAGAAUGUUUAACUUUAUAUAAUGGUAAUUGUAACCAUUGUUUUAAUUAUUUAUCAUCUGAAAUAAAAAAAAAUAUUAAUAGUUUAACAGAAAGAUUAAAUACACAACUAAAAGAUAAUGAGAAGCCUUUAAUUGAAAAAGAUGCAAAUAACAAUAUAAAUGAGGAUAUUGAUGAAAAUAUACAAGAUAUUAUGGAAAAUGUAGAACAAAAUAUAGAUAACCAAUUUGAAAUUUUAUAUCAAAAAUGGUCAGAUUAUGAUAAUUUAUAUUAA